AUGGCUCAGCUUACGGUUACGUUUGUACCGGAAGAUGUAGCUAUAAUUUAUGCCUUACCGUUGCGACAGCCGGAUAAACCGGAUUUGCUAGGAUGGCAUUUUACCAAUUCUGGUAAAUAUACGGUAAAAUCAGGGUACCAUUAUCUUCGUUCAAAUAUGACAGCUCCCGCUGGGACGAAAGUAUUUGGUUCAGACACCGUAACUCUUCAGGCCUUUGUGUGGAAAAUUAGGUGCCCACCGAAACUGCAUCAUUUUAUGUGGCAAGUUCUUUCGGGUUGCGUGGCGGUUACAACUAAUCUACGGCAACGUGGUGAAAAUGCUACAUAUAAUUGCGUAGAUAUUAAUAAGUAACCAGGACUUGAUCAUCCUUUGCUCCAAAAUCACACAAUCCAGGUUGUUGGAGUAGGGUCACGUGCUGGUCCAUAUCGUGGUGUUGAAGUCCCAUAUCGUGGUGUUGAAGCUUGGUAUAAUGGAUAUACGCUGAACAUCAGAAUAGACCAGGCUUCAUAUAGUGAAAUAUAUAUAGGUAGGUGGUUGAAUAACCAAGUCAAUUUUAUCCAAGUGGGUUAUAUUAUAAAUCCAAGUUUCCUUGGCACCAGACAACUUUGAACAUAUGGAUAUUUUAUGGGUAAAGAUGGAAAAGGAUGUUACAGUACAGCAUGUGAUGGGUUUAUUCAGGUAUCAAGGAGAAUUCCCAUAGUCCAACCCAUAAACCUUAACCCUGGGGUCCCUGAUUGGACACGUUGGUCCAUCCAUCAGGAUAAAGCAACAAGAAACUGGUGGCUACCGCAACUGAUAAAAAAUGCACCCAGCGUAGAUAUUGGAUAUUGGCCAAAAGAGCUAUUUGAAAUUUUAAACAGUGGUGCUAAUACAGUUGGAGUUGGAGGUAUAGUUCGUGCUUUCCAUUCAGAUUCAAGUCCCCUGAUGGGUAAUGGUAAUUUUCCAGUUGGAGGAGGCCGCACAGAUUCAGCAAUGUUUACAAAUAUUGAAGCUUUGGAUUCCAACUAUAAUAGUCGUAAAAUGAAUUCAUUUCCUAUGGGGAUUUUGGUAGAUAGUCCAAAAUGUUAUGGCAUAAGAAUUGGUAGAGUGAAACCAUUUCAUCGUACACGACUCGGUUUCUUUUUCAAUUAUGGUGGUCCGAGAGGAAACUCUUGUUGA